UGUCACGUGACCGUGCAAGAUGGCGGCCCGUUCAGACGCCCGCAGCCUCCGGGCUCUCCCCGAGGAAGGGGCCGGAGCGCCGAGCGACGCGGAGGCGACCGGGCCCGGCGGGGACCUGCGCAGCGUCCUGGUGACCAGCGUCCUGAACCUGGAGCCGCUGGACCUGGAUCUCUUCCGGGGGAGGCACUACUGGGUUCCGGUGUCGCAGCGGCUCUUCGGCGGGCAGAUCGUGGGCCAGGCGUUGGUGGCGGCCGCCAAGGCGGUGGGCGAGGAGCUCCACGUCCACUCGCUCCACUGCUACUUCGUCCGAGCAGGGGACCCAUCAGUGCCUGUUCUCUAUCAGGUUGAGCGCACCCGCACAGGCCGGAGCUUCUCCGUGCGGUCAGUCAAGGCCAUCCAGCAUGGGAAGCCCAUCCUCAUCUGCCAGGCCUCCUUCCAGGAGAUUCAACCCAGCCCUGUGCAGCACCAAUUCCAUAUGCCUGAUGUGCCACUCCCAGAGGAGCUGCUGACCCAGGAGGAGCUCAUCCAGAAAUACCUUCAGGACCCAAACCUCAUGGAAAAGUACAGACGGGGACUCAACAAGAUACUGGCACAAGAAAUUCCCAUUGAGAUGAAGCCAGUGAACCCGCCUGACAUCUUCCACCGUAACCCUCAGGAGCCCAGGCAGCUCUUUUGGGUGCGGGCCCGAGGGCACAUUGGUGACUGUGACAUGAAGCUACACUGCUGUGUGGCUGCCUAUAUCUCUGACUACGCAUUCCUGGGCACAGCCCUGCUACCUCACCAAUGCCAGCAUGUCCAAUUCAUGGUCUCGCUGGAUCACUCCAUGUGGUUCCAUGCCCCCUUCCGAGCCGACCACUGGAUGCUGUAUGAAUGUGAGAGCCCCUGGGCUGGUGGGAGCCGAGGGCUGGUGCAUGGACGGUUGUGGCGUAGAGAUGGUGUGCUUGCAGCUAGCUGUGCCCAAGAAGGAGUCAUCAGAGUGCGGGAACCUCCCCUCAAGAGCAAACUGUAGCAAACGCCUCCCUUCUCCCAGCAUCUACUAGGGCCUUCGGGACUUACGGAUUAGCUCCAGAGGCUGGUGGAGGAGAUCGGGGAGGGCAGAAAUGGGCAGGUGCAAUGAGAGUCACACACUAGUGUUUGUAGCACUUAUUUUAUUGGGCUUGUUAAUUGAAGUUGGGCUUUCAACUUUUCCUAUGGCUAAUAAAGUGGCUGAGGCUUCCCCUGA